UCUGUAACAGACAUGGAGAAACAUUACAUUCUGUGUGCUCUAGUGAUCGUCUGCUGUUUUUAUGGGGUGAGCGGCGAUACAGCGUGUUCCCGAGCCAACAGGACAACAGACCUCCAGGGCUGUCUAGUGCAAAUUUUAUCCAGGGCUGUGAACAAGGAUCUGUUCUGGUUUGGAAGUCUCUACCGAACUUUUUGCCCAGCUCCUGAAAUACUACCACUUGGCUGUGCGAAUUCCUCCCCGGGGGUAGAGGAUAGCAUCGUAUCCCGAAUCUUUUUCUCAGUCGGCAUAGACGCCAAUCUCGUUAAAAAAUACAUCAACAUCAACUUCACUUCUCCUGCCGGUAGCUAUUCCGGUUGUGGUAACACGUGGACAACAGAACAGAAAGAAUUUACUGUCGAUGCUCUCUCGGAUGAGGUGUAUUAUCCUUGGGAGGCCCGCAUGCAGCCAUCCAUCACGUGGGAAGCAGAUGCGGGGAAAAUGUACACGUUGUUCAUCUACGACGUUGGUAGUCAUAUCGUACACGGUGUGUUUAUCAACAUAGAGGGAGGGGACCUCUCUGUUGCCGAGACUAUCAAGGCGUACAGAGGUCCUCUGACUGUCGGGGGCAAACCAAACGUCUACACGUUUUGGCUGUUCGAGCAAGAAGGUCGUGUUAACGUGAGCGAUGAGUGGCUCGCCAAGUUGACCGCUCCGAUGUCGUUCUUUAACCUAACUGACGUCAUACGAGACUUCCAGCUCACUGGACCCGUGGGACUAAAUUGGUUUUUGUCCUCCGCAGACGGAUACAGCCUACAAUCUUUUCUGGAUCAAAGAAUCUUGAACAACUGCCCAUUACUCUACACACAGGCUUUGUGGCAGGAGGAACGUUUCUUCGCCAAAAGGGAUCUCAUACAUCUACAGGCGACAUUAGAUAUAACUUACAACACCCCGGAACUGUCCUUUAUCUCUUGUUGUACGUCCUACACCUACAGCGCUAAAACCAUCCAGCCGAAUCCACUUAAGGAUACUCUACAGAAAUGUGGUGACGUCAGAACAUCAGUGGUGCCCUCUGUAGAAAUCAUCAAGAGAACAUAUUUGAGGAAUGCCUACUCAUUUGACGGCACUCUAUACACGCUAAUCAUGAUAGACCUGGACGUGUCGAAUCCUCUGGUAGGGACCGACACUGAACCAUUGCUACACUGGAAAGUCAUCAACAUUCCCAAUGGGACAGUGGAGCUUGGAGAUACGGUCCAGACCUAUAGGGGUCCUGCUCCUCCUGACAACACCACUCAUACUUACUUCUUCCUCCUCUAUCAACAGAACAAACGUCUUAAUGUCGCUGAUAUGGACAGAUAUGUUGGAUCAGAUUGUCCAGAGUCUGUAGCCGGAAGGUGUCUUUAUAACCUAGCAUUGUUUGUGCUCGAGAGUGCUUCACCAAACACUCCAUAUGGCGCCAACUGGAUACGUGCCGAGAACGACGAAUAUGUACGCUACACACACGUCCUGAACGGAAGUAACGAGGAAGAUGUCUGCGAAGAUGUUCAGGGCUACGACAUUCCAUGUCCAGUUGAUCCGAUUAAUGGUGCUACGAAGUCAACAAACAUAUGUAGCCUGCUUGUCGCGGUGUCAAUAUGUAUAAUUGUUACGCUCAAUCAAGUACUAGGAACGGGUAUUUGUUGAUUGUUUCCUAGAGGUAUGAGAGAGAUUUCAUCUGAUUUGUUGAUAGGACUCAUGUGAGAAAGGCACGUCCUCUUAUUCGCUGAUUUGACGCAUGUGAGAGAGACGCGUCGUCUGAUUGGUUAAUAUGACUCAUGUGAGAGAGACGCGUCAUCUGAUUAGCUUAAUAACACCUUUCUUUUUUUAAAAAAAAAUGAGGUAUUUUGGUAUCUUAAGGAAUGUAGAAGGCGGUAAUACCUCAUAGUAAAUAAGACUUCAAGCGUUUGGUGACUAAAUCGUUACUGGCUUAUAGAAAGCAUAAAGUUUUGGGCGAUAAAACGCGAGUCAUGUGAUGGAAUUAGGAAGAGGGUCAGAUUAAUAGGAUGAUCGUGUGUUUAGUGGUGGGUGUUUUGGACAAUAUAGCGCUGCAUAAAUUGUAAAAAAGAAAUAAACAUCAAACAUCGUUUGCAGUGCUUGCACAAUAUGUACUUCAACUAGUAUGUAAACAAUAAUGAUGUUUCACUUCUAAUUUUCUCGCAGUCGUAGAACACAUUUGAGAGCACUUUAUCUCACAUUACGAUUUCAGCGAUACUGAAAGCACUGUCAUUGCUAAACCCAGGCCCAUUCAAAUAACAUACAGCUGAUGUAGUACAAUUUCAAUACUAGGUACAGCUGAUGUACAGCUGAUGUGUAUCUUUAGGUACAGCUGAUGUAGAGCUGAUGUAGUGCCUUUAGGUACAGCUGAUAUACAGCUGUACUAGUACAUUUAGGUACAGCUGAUGUAAGCUGAUGAAGUACCUUUAGGUACAGCUGAUGUGUAUCUUUAGGUACAGCUGAUGUGUAUCUUUAGGUACAGCUGAUGUAGUACCUUUAGGUACAGCUGAUGUAGAGCUGAUGUAGUACCUUUAGGUACAGCUGAUGUAGAGCUGAUGUAGUACCUUUAGGUACAGUUGAUAUACAGCUGAUGUAGUACAUUUAGGUACAGCUGAUGUAAGCUGAUGAAGUACCUUUGGGUACAGCUGAUGUGUAUCU